AUGCCUGUCCCAUUCGAGGCCCUCAUUCCCUAUGCCAUCAUCGUCACGAUGUUCGGCGUCACGGGCGCCGGCCUGUCUGCCAUCAAGACUGCCCAGAACGGCGGCAAGAAGGCGAGAUGGUCGUUGGAUACCUGGGAUAGAGUGCUGAUGGACCGCGACCGCAGACUUACCGGAUGGUUACGAGGGCAAACAGAUGCCGCAGAUGCGCCUUAUGGGUUUGAGUACAACAACCCGUGGAGAGUUGAGAAACGGUUUUCGUGA